ACCAACUGAGGCAUCCAUCAUCAGCCAUCCAGCACUCGCUCGCUCACUACGAACUCCAUCCAACUCGUACACAGCCCCCCUCUCUCUCUCUCUCGUCCUUCGACAGCUAGCGCAGCAGCAGCACUAGUUUUCAGCAGUUCAUCAACCGGCCCGGCACGGCGGCAGAGAUGAGGCGGCGCAGCUGCAGCAUGCCCUUGCCGCUCGCGGCUGCUGCCCUGCUCCUCCUCCUCGUCUGUUUCUUCCACUACUCAGCAGCGGCUCGCCUCCUGCCGCCUUCUCCUGUCCCAGCUCAGUUGGUUCACCGAGAAACUGGCGUCACGGCUGCCGCUGCCGCUGCAUACGGCGGCCUGGCGCUGCAGGAAGGUGGCGUGGGCAACGGCGACGAGCUGUCCAUCUCCGGAGAUGAGAUGAUGGCGGCGGAGGUGGAGGAGGGUGCAGUGGCGUGCGAGGCGGACGACGACGAGGACGACGGUUGCAUGCAGAGACGGCUGCUCCAGAACGCGCACCUCGACUACAUCUACACACAGCACAAGGGCAAGCCAUGAGGAGGAGGUAGCUGCAGCUCGCUCCGGCCAAGACGUACGAGCCCUCGUCAUCUUGGUUGGCGUUGGGAGCUGGGAGCCUGGGACUGCUUGGUUGGGACUAGUGGGACAAAACACAUGCUGCAGAUUAAGUUGACAAACGGGAAUCUCUCUCAUCUACUACUAGUUAGUAAGUAGUACCUUGUGCAUGCUAGCUUGUAAUUUCUGUCACUGCUUAGUACGUAUCGUCCGAGAUCCAUCAUCAUCCAUGACUCUAGUCGUGUAUGCGUUUGUCAGUCACCUCGUCUGUACAUUUUAUCUAGUAUGUCUGGUACAUGUAUGUUUCUUCCAA